AUGUCGAAGAUAUACAAGCUUGAGAACGAGAUGCAAACAAUUUUGUAUGGAGAAGAAUGCAAAGGGUUUGAGGAGACACUUAACAGGGUGUCGUUUACGAUAACGAAGUACAGUGAGCGGUGCCUUGAGUUUGAUCUUGUGAAUAUUGACUGUUCGUUUGCAAAUGCGUUACGAAGGAUACUUAUGAAUGAUGUGCCUACGAUGGCAGUGAAAGAGGUUUUUUUGAGGGAGAACGAGAGUGUGUUUGCUGAUGAGUUUCUGGCGCAUCGUCUUGGACUUAUUCCGUUGGAGAUUGAUCCAGAGAGGUUUGAUUUUGUUGAGGAUGAGCUGAAUGAGAAGAAUUGUGUUAAAUUUGUGCUUGAUGUGAACAAUAACGGGAAGGACAUUAUGCAUGUGUAUUCUGAUGACAUUUUGUGGAUGCCAAUUGGUGAUCAGAAGAAGGAGAUUGGAGAAGCAAAGUUUAGUAGCAAGGUGCUGCUGUUUAAGCUUGCGCCUGGACAGCGGAUUGAGGCUGAGCUUGUAUGCACGAAGGGAACGGGAAGUAUGCAUGCGAAGUGGAGUCCUGUGUGCCCUGCAACGUAUAGACUGAUGCCACUGAUUGAGAUUGGAGAUGUUUUUGAUGAGAGUGCAUACAAAUUACAGAAGUGCUUUUCACCUGGAGUGAUUGAGGUGAAGGAGUGCGAUAGACGGAUGAAGGCAUAUGUUGCGGAUGCGAGAAGUGAUACGAUGAGCAGGGAGGCGCUUAGACAUGAAGAGUUUAAGGGGAAGGUGUUUAUUGGAAGACGUUCUGAUCACUUUUUGUUUAGCAUUUACACGACGUUUUUGGAUCCGUUAUAUUUGCUUAAGAAGGCCAUACAAAUAUUUAUUGAGAAGAGUAAGGCAUUCAAGAGUGAAGUGAGCAAGUGGAAUGAGUAA